AACAUCAAGGCAGAACAGCAACCAGAGCUGCCUGAAGCUCAGAGUGACAUUAUGGAAGUGAAGAGAAGGAGCAAGGAAGACAUAGGAAUUGAAGAGGAGAUGACUCUCCCUCAGCUCAGAGGCGAUCAACAAAACCAGGUGAGUGAAAGAGUGGCAGCCACUCCACUCACAAAACAUCCUCUCUCUUGUUUUUUAGAAAAAAUGAAGGCGCAGAUGGAUGCAGACUUGCAGAAAGCUCAGGCUAGGUGGAAGGCAAGGGAGAAGAAUCAGAAGGAAGAAAUGAAGAUCAUCAGAGAGAAACUUAAUCCCCUCCCUCAGGCUCUACAAAAGCAAGUGCAAGUGUUGACAUCUCACCUGGCAGCCUGCGAAGAUUUCCAGAGAACAUCUGGCAAUGAAGAGCCCCAAGUUUGGCGUAAGGCCCAGAUCUACACGGGCUCUGUCACCAAACCUGCUGCAGCAGCAGCAUUGUCUAAAGGAGCCUUUGCUCCCCGACCUGAGAAGUGGAGCCAGGGCAGUUUGUUCGUCUCCCGGGCUAACCCAGCUGAUGCUCAGCAACAGGAGGUCAAGGAUGACUCCCUGGAGCAAUGGAGUACGUCUGGUGUCUUUCUUGUCUGA